AUGCUUUCAUUAUCUCCAUCUUCCUCUCUUAUUAUCGCUCAUUUUAUUCUGAUUUUCUUUACUUUCUCUUCCUCUCUAUUUUGCUUUUCUCUUUGUUACUUCUUUUAUUUUACUUUCUUCUCUCCUCUUGUAGUUCUUGGCAUAUUCUAUUCGUUGACAUCACAAAAUUUUCCUUUUUUCGUUCCUUUGUCUGUUUUUUCUUUCUUAAUUUUUCUUUCCUUCUUCUUUCGUUCUGUCCUAUUCUAUUUUCUUUAUUUAUUCUUUCUUUAUUUUUAUUUUUCAUGUCUUUCUUUCCUUUUUAUUUUUUCUUUCUUUAUUCUUUAUUCCUUUUUCUUCCUUCUUUCUUUCGUUUUAUUUCUUCCUUUUAAUCGUUUCUUUCUUCUUUUUCUUUCUUUUCUUUUCUUUCCUUUUUUCUUUGUUUCCUAUUCUUUCUUUUUUCAUUUUUCUUUCUUUUUUCAUUUUUCUUUCUUUUUUCUUUCUUUCUUUUUUCUUUCUUUCUUUCUUGCUCUUUCUUUUCCUUCUUUAUUCCUUUUUUCUUUUUUAUUUCUUUUUUCUUCAUUCUUUAUUUAUUUCUCUGGUUUCUCUUUUGUUUUUCGAUCUCUCUUUCUGUAUUCUUUCUUUCCUGUUUUAUUCUUUCUUUUUUCUCUAUUUUCCUUCUUUUUCAUUUUUUUCUUUCUCUCUUUAUUCCUUCUUUCUUUAUUUAUUCUCUUUCUUUUUUUCUUUAUUCUGUCUUUCUUUUUCUAUUUUUCCUUCUUUCUUUUUCUGCCAUUUUUUCUUUUUCUUUCCUUUUUAUUUCCUUCCUUAUUCUUUCUUACCGUUUUUUUUCUUUCUCUUUCCUUUUUUCUUUCUUUCUUUUUCGUUCUCUUUGGUCCUUUCUUUUCCUUUCUUACUUUCAUUUUUCUUAUUCUUUCUUUCUUUUUCCUUUUUUUCUUUCCCUUUUUUGUUUCUUUUUCUUUGUUUCUUUUUUCUUUCUCUUUCGUUCUUUUUUCUUUUUCUUUCUUUUUUCUUUCUCUUUCCUUUUUCUUCCUUUCUCUUUCUUUCGUUUUUCUUUUUCUCUUUCUAUUUCUUUCUUUUUCUUUCCUUUUUCUUUGUUUCUUUAUCUUUCUUUCUCUUUCACCCUUAAUUUUUUCUUUCUUCCACUUCCUUUCAUUCUUUCUUUCUUUCUUUCUUUUUUCUUUCUCACUUUUGCAAAACUGA